UCGAGCUCGACUUUCACCCGCUGACCGAGAGCACGAGCUGGAGCUGAGGCUGAAACAGAAGCAGACGCAGAAGCCCGGAGGAGAAGAGGUGGCACCAGAACCAGCAGCGGGACCAGGAGCAGGCGGAGAAAGUAGGAGCCGGGGAAAGGAGAAAGCGAGAGAGUGAGAGAGAGAGAGAGAGAGAGCGGACCCAGCAGCCAGUUCUCCGAGGAGUGAAAUUCGAGGCGGGGCGUGGAGGAAGUGGGUGUACGAGUGCGACUACCAUAAAGUGGAAAUCCGAAACGCCUUGAGCAGCGGCAGCGACGUCGGCCGAGGCAGCGACCGCGACGCAGGCAGCGACGGCGGCAGAGGGACACGCGUCAGGCGGCCAAGCAAAAGGCAGACAAACAGGCAAAUCCUGCUGAGACGACACGACGAGUCCUUGCUCGUCGGUUCAAACGUGCGGAACGCUCUUGGAGGCAGCCGAUAAAAAAGAAAUACCACUAGAAGCCAAGCUAGUCCACCAAACACCACUCACACUCACCCAAAACAAGGGAAAGUUUUCACCACAAAAAAAAAAACAAGUUACAAGAAAGCUACAAGAAACCCAAAACAACACUUUCGAAAAAUAUCCCAAGAUAUAGUCCCCCAUUCAAGUGCAGUGACUCGUGUGCAAAAGUUAUCCAACCACAAAACCCCACAAAAAAAAACUAAGUGCCGCAAGCUGAGAGAGCUAAACACGAAAGAAGUGCUAAAAGUUCCUUAAAAAUUAUUAAUAAAAAAACCAAAUAUUUGUUCAACUGCUUGUAAAAAUAUACAAAUUAUACAACAUAAAUAUUCUUUGCAUUUUAACAAAAGCAUAAGAGAGCAGCUCAAAAACCGAAGUGCCGUGCAAAAACUAACUAAUAAGCCUACUAAAGAUAUAUGCAAACGAACGACUGGCCAGUGUAGAAAAGCUCUAUAGAGGGCCUAAAAGAGUAAAACCCUAAAUCAAAACCCCAGAGAACUGGGAGUGCUAGCCCGAAAGCCGACGGAGGACAGCAACUAGUUGUUGUCAGAGGCCAACAACCAGGUUCAAGCGGCCGUAUACCUAUACACGUUUAAGUGCCCAUACCCAUACCCACUCUCCGACUCCACCUACCCGGGCGGAACCCCAACUCCCCGGCCCGAGUAGACAAUUGAUUAUUGAUUUUGUCUAAGGCUGCAGAACUUCACAGCUUAACGCAAAACAAACUUGGCAGCAGGGCCACAAGGGGCGACGAGAGCCGAGGGCCUGAAAGAACACCAGUGACAAGAAGGGGCCGUUGAAAGGCAGCCAGAAAAACCGGAAAAGCGGGUGGCUCGGAAAAGUGCUCCGAUAUCGGCCAGUGUUGUGCAAUGCCAGGCUCAGGCCGGCACAGUGUUGGUCAGCGGUGUGGGGCCUAGAGGCCCAGGCCGAAAAGCGUCGAGAUCCCAUAUAGAGAAACAAUCUUAAAGUCGGGACUUUCCCCACCACCAGCACCGCCAGCCCCAAGGAAACCACCUGCCACCACCACACACCACCCCGCCCUCAAAUAGAUUUCUCCCCCUCUUGGUAACCCCACCCCGAACCGCCAAGAUAAGCCGUCUAAUCGAGAAGCUGCGCCAGACCAACAAACGGAAAAUGUUCUGCUCGCUGGCCCAGACGCUCUUCUGCGUCCUGCUCAUCCAGGGCGGCCUCUACGCCCUGCACUUGAGCGGAAACGGAAAUGGCAACGGCAGCGGCAACGAGAAGUCCCUGGCCGAGGCCAAGGCGGCUCUCCAGGUGCCCAGCCAGCCGCUGGGACCCUCGACGGGAGUGUCCGGCGCCUGGCAGACCGCUCCCUCGCAGCAGCAGCAGCACCAGCAGCAUCCCGGAGGAUCUCCGCCGGGCGGUGGAUCCGCAACCGCGCCGCAUGGCCACCGGUCCGCCGCAGCGGCCGCCGCCGAUGCCACUACCGUGCGGCUGAACAAAGAGAUAGCCGACAUGGCCCAGCUGGAGCGGGAGCGGCUGAUGCUCCUGGCCCGCGCCAAGCAGACGGCGGAGCAAUUGGCACCGCCGGCGGGCGGCCAUCACCGCGGCCAUCCCUUCAUCGCCGGCCGGAUACAGAUGCAGCCCAGCGAGGAGCUAGACGUGGGCGACUACCCCGCCCUGCUGCAGCCGGCCGGCAGGGCCUACAUCUUUGGCAAUGUCCAGAAGCAGCCGCCCACGCCGAUCAACCUGGAGCAGGAUUACGAGCAGCUGCGGGAGCUGGAGCACAGGCCGGUGAAGUAUUAUGGCCGAGUGGUGCAGCCGGCGGAGAGGGAGGAGGCGGCGGAGGCGCUCUACGAACCCAUGCACUCCUUCGGAGACUUCGACGACUUCUCGGAACUAGAGCCGGAGCAGGAGCCGCACUUGGGCGAGGAUGAGCUGCUGCGCGAACUGGAUGCCUACCAGUAUCACGGCCUGGAGGAGGAGCCGCUGCCAGAGAAUCCCUACCGCACGCUGGAGCAGCUGGAGCUGGCCGCACCCGACUCCCUGCAGCAGCUCUUCGAGCAGGAGCAAGAGCAGCGUGAUGCCCCCUACAAGGGGAUGCACUCCGCCGGCAAGGGCCACAACCCGGCCAACUACAACAUAAGGGUGCAGCAGAAGUGGGCCCGGAAGCGAAAUGGCCAGGGAAUCGGACAUAAUUCCGAGGCGGAGAAGCAGCUCCAGCGCCAGAUCUUCGCCCAGCACUUCAAGCCGCAGCGAAGUGGCAAACUGUCGCUUUCGGCCAACUCGGAGGCCACGGCCAGCAAGCACCUGAAGCCAUCCAGUCGCUCCGGCUCCAAGGACAGCGAGAAGCCCAUCAACGAGGCACUGGGAGGAGGCAGUGCCUCCGGCUCCACCACAGGCUCCACCUCUAAUGGCAAACAGGAUAUACCGAAGCAGCAGGCGGAGCCGCAGCACUCGCAGCUGGACAAAAAGGAUCCCAGCCACAAGCGAUCCGGAUCGGGAUCGGCGGGAUCCAUGGGAUCGCCGGGAGGAGGCUUCGCCGCGCAGCCGCCCAUGGUUCACAGCAUAGCCAGCCAGCUGAUGCUGCGCACCGCCCGCGGUCAACGGCAGUACGACGUGCCACAAAUCGAGUGUCCCACCGCCAUGGAUGGCAUGGAGCGGUUUGCCUGCCCGAUUCCCGACCGGCAGAGCAGGUAUCGCUGCAUAGACGAUCAUUCGCUGUGCGACGGCUUCAUCGACUGUCCCGAGGGCGAGGACGAGGACCGGAGAUCCUGCAUGUUCUACAAGACGACGAAGGCUCACCUGGACGUGUUAGCGGAUGCGUUACUGCGAUGGGCGCGAGGGCGUUAAGCUCCAACCACCCACCCACACACACGCAUCCACUCUCUAGGACAACAGCACCCCACACAAGAUACACAUAGAACACGAAGAGCUCCUAGAACUUCAAACAUGAAUGUCAAAAAAUUAGUUUUAACUUUAACGCCCCCAGUCAAGCGAAGCCCCAUUAAGUUUAAACACUACCCAAGAACAACUCAAACACACACAGACAAGCCAACCAACCGCCUGUCCUUUGACAUGAGAUAGGAUUCCCCAGAGAAUCCCCUGAAAAACCCCUACCAAUACCAGAAAAAAAAGAACAAAGCCCAGCUUGCAAAGAGCUGAAUGGAUUGCCAAGUAAGAGAACCGAGAGCUAUAAUUAAAAACAAAAUGAGGCAGCAGUUAUGCUUAAAAAAGGUAUGAUUAUUAUUACACUAUUAUUAUUACAAAUUAACUUAAUGAAAGCCCAAGAACAAAAAGCAGUUAUACAUACUAAAGCUAAAUUAUAAUUCAACAAGAAACAAAAGCAUCAAAAACAAGACAAAAUCGAAGACGUUAUUUGGUUCGUUUCUAAUUUGUUUCGCAGGAACAGAGAAUAUGAUGAGGAAAUACAAAAUUGGGCCUAACUAUUUUUAGUAUAUAUUAAAUAAAUAUAUUAUAAAUAUAUCUUACUAUAUGAAAUAUAUAUUUCGUGUACAUUAUUUAAUUAUAAGUGUAUUAAAGUUUAAAUGUUAAAUAAACCAAAAGAAAUGAAAUCAAAACGAAGCAAGCGGCAAAAAGCGACGAAAACCCGAUGAUGAGGCAGGCGAGCAGAGGAGGAAUGAAAUUAUAUAUACAUAUACACAGAAAAAACAGACAUUAAAUAUAUAUUAAUAGUAUACAUAUACCAAUAACAAACAAAUAUACAAUUGAAGGAAAAUAUUGCAUUAGGUUUUAUUGCUGAUAACUGAACAAGCUAACGAGUGCAAUAUAAUAUACUUAUAUACAAUGCAAUAACAGCCAGAUUAGCGACAAAAACAAACAUUUACAACUUAGAUGAUGAAGCAAAACAUUUACAUAAGGAAAAAGACUUGACUUCAUUGAAAACCCCCCUUUUGUUCGACAGUUGCGGCUUGAAAGGCCCAAUGUUUUGGUUAAAGUUUUCUCAUGUUUCAAACUACGUUAGCCUUUAAAGAUAAUUUGCUACUUUUUCGUUUUUCCCAUGUGUGUAAAUAAUACUUUCAAUUUUGAGCCUUGUUUGCCUGUAAAGAUCUCCCUGAAACUCACCCAAGUAUUUUUUUUCGUUCACGAGUAACAACAGUUCUCACGGAAAUGGCAGCUAUCUGUAGUUAAGUAAAUUUAUUUACAUAAUUAAAGUAUAUUUAAAUAACAAUGGACUUAUAAAUAUACAUAAAACGAUAAGCUUAUAAGCGAAACGAAAAGCUUGUACAAAUGCUAACUAACACUGAUCCAUUCUCGACCUUUUAUCCAAAUCACAAUUGUUUUUAAUCCCUUUUCGUAUGUUUUCAUUAGCGCUACUCUCUCGAUUGGAAACGCUGAAAGUUCAACUCAAAUUGUUCGCUAUUACGGGCCCAGUUCCCAACACAAUCAAUCAAUUAAGAAAUACAAUCAAGCAAAUUUUUAAGCCGAAAUUUACGAAUUAAAAUUUUUAAACGGUUGUGUAUGCCAACAAAUAACAAUGGAAAGAUAAACGAGCAUCAAUGGCGAAUUAACAAUAAUAAUGUGUACCCUCAAAAGCGAUUUUCCCACAUUGCAUUUCCUGCGUUUCCCCCUGAAUUUCCCAAUUUAUUUCCGUUUUCCAUUCAAUCGCUUCUCCAUCCAUCGGUUAUUGCUGUUAAUUUUUUAAUCGGCCCGAAGUGUGCAUGUUAAUUGAUGGAUUUGUGUAGAAACCAUAUGUUCAAUUAUUUAAAACGGAAUAACAUAUGAAAUUGCGAGCAAUAAAAUUUCAUAUCGCUAAAAAAUUAAAUAAAUCUAAUUGAGACUACGUUUACGAGUAAGUUUUUGUUCCACAUCGAUCCCCAACCUCCUGCCCUCCUAUAUCAACGAUCUUCGUUAUUAACCGAAAAGUAUAAGUAGGAGAGCGCCGCGGUGUUUUCUUUUAAUUGAUUGAUAACGAUUCAGUAAACAUUUACAUAAAUAACUGCAAAAUAACCCACCUUUAAAUAUAAAUGAAAGUAAAAGUAAAGUAAUAAUAACAGCAACUUCUAUACCAUACGGAAUACUAAACGCAAGACAACGUGUGUAUAACUCUAAGUAAAUGAUAACUACCAUAACGAAUACGAAUACGAAUAAUGUAUGUAUAUGCAAUUAAUUGUAAUCCCCGAAAUUAUGCACAAAUCGAGAACCCAAACAAGAACAAAUGCGCACUAAACAACUACAACCGGAAAACAAAUCAAAGACGAACUAAAGUUUUAAUCACAUUUUUUGAACGAACUACAAUUGAGGUAAAGAUAUAAAAACAACUCUCACACAGACACACAGAUACAUAUAUUUUUGGCCUAUUUUUCUAUAAUCCUAACAAAAACACGAACGAAAUUUUAAAAGCAAAGCGACAACUUCUAUAGGGCAAACCACGAUGAAAAGACACAAGUUCGACUGUAAAUAACAAAAGCAAAAAAACGAAUUCCCCAGAUGAUUUUAUAUUCCAACCAAGAUCGUUUAAAGAUACUUUAACUAACUUUCCUGUAUACUUUCGUACUUUUUGGUUCUCUUUCAGCCUAUUUAAAGAUAUAUUUAAUUUUCCUAUUAGGCCUUUGCGUCUCGCACGCCCUCACAGCAAACAGUAUUGUGUAUAAAAACAAUUUGUAAAUAAACAAUUACGUCUAAAUUAGUGAACAGUUCUUAUUUCCUGUUUUUAAAUGUUUUAUAAUUGUAGAGUAUUUAGUUUAAAACCUAUUUUUUGAAUACCACGAAGUUAGGGAAGGCUACUUAGCGAGGAAAAAUCCAAAGAGCAAAUACAGAAAAUAAAGCUGAAUAAAAAACCAUUGUUGAAUGUUAAAAGAUACAUACACAUAUACACAAACAACCAUAGGUACAUACACACACAUACAAGUAUAAACAUAUAUAUAAGAAUAUAUAGUCGGCCCUUAAACUUGUAUUUAUUUGUAUUUGUAUAUUUGCAGACAGAGAAAAAAACAUCAAAGAGAAAGAUGGGGCGCAUAAUUAACUAUGGGUGGCAAGUGGCAUUGCCAAACAGCUAAUGCCAUUCGCACAAGUUAUAGAAUGAAAAAACGGUCUAUGAAUUUUAUUGAUUUCGUCUUACCCGAACUCUAAUUAAUUAGUAUUUGCUGUAAAUAAUUUUCGCCUUCCUCGUCCUUUGAUCUCGCUGUACCCCCGUCUCUAUCUUUCUCACACUGAUUUCCAUUGUGUAGGAGGUAUAGUUUUAGCGUAAUUCCCCUUUUUAUUUAACCACAGUUUUCUUAACUACUUAUAAUAAUUAAUUAUACAUUAUACGAAUAUAUAAUAAUGCAGAAAAAACAAGAAAAUACACAAAAAAACAAAGAAAAAAGGAAAAACAAAUACACAACUUAAUAUACACUGAAAACGAAACCAACAUGCAUUUCUGAUUUACACCUUCUAACUCUCACAAGAUUUCAGACUACUUCACCACUGUAAUGAAUAUACAUUUUUUGCUCUCCACCAAAACAACUAUUACACCAGACAACACAAACAACAAGUAAGUUAACUACACGUUCAGGCAGCCAAAGACCAUAUUAUAACUUUCUCAAGGAUCCGAGACACAAUGCACAUAUUUACCUUUUUGAGUUCGUAGUUCAGCUCUUUGCAUGAAGAAGUAGAAACAUUUUGUGAAGCGCGUUUAUUUUCCUGGCGAAGCACACCUGAAACCGGAAAGUUUGAGAUUAUCCCUGGAACCCUUGGAUGCUUGACUCCUUGUUGAAUGCCUCUUGGUAAGUUGCAAGGGGAGUUCCUCGGUGCUUCAGUCCUUCGGCCACAUAGAGCUCUUCACUCGGCGGUCAAACAAACUUUUCAACAAGGUCUAGGAAGUAGUUUUACAAUUAAUAAAUCCCCAAGUAGAACACACGAAAACAAGUCAGAGCUGGCAGAAAAACCAGGCUAGGGAUUUGGUAUUGAGAUUUUGAAAUUGAAUUUGACCUAGCUGACCAGCUGUCAUUGAAUGAGAAAUGCAAAAAAUAUAUUUAAAAUAAUAUUAACCACUUAUAAAAUAUAUAUGUUAACUAACUAGGUGUAGACCCGCAAGAGGUCAUCGCGUAAAGUAUCUGCUUUUGCUGAGCACCAGAGUGCUAGCCAUCGCCAAAAAAUUCUAUUCAACCAGUAAACUAUAUGUAUUUGAUGUAGCUCCAUGUUUAGUACGAUCUAAGGUUGCACCGCGAAGAAUGUUGAAAAGUUUGGAUACAAAAUAACAAUUUACUGAAGCAUUGGAGGCUGCAUGCAAAGCCGAAUCAACGAGCAAUUUUAAGCCAGGGCCAACAGACUUGGACCUAAAGUGGCCUUCAAUGGGCAUCAGGUGUUGUAGCCAUUGAUUCGGGACAGCUUUUUAUGGCCAUGCCACAAAAAGCCGCACUCAAUGCUAAAACAACCAGAGCCACUGAUGCAAUUCAAUGCCACUUUUAUUCCACUCACAGGUAAACAUUUAUCGCUGACCACUAAAAGCCAAAAAAAGAAGACAAAUUGAUAGAACUGUCUAUUAAAAGACUUCCGAGUCAAAUGCAAAAAAACUAUUCAGUGUGUUGCUAGGUUUUGUAUGCAAAUUGCGGAAGAUAAAUUGUUGGUAAAGAUAUUUUGACCAGAACAAGUUAAUUUGGCAGAGAGUGAAGAGCUUUACAGGUUUAAGCGGAGUUUAAGAGUUUACCUAUUUAAAAUAUUUUGGAAGUUACAGGGUUUCAACAGCGAUAGGAAAACUUUUACUGAGCUUCAGUCAGGAACAGCUCUGUUUUUAAACUUGUUUUCUGUUUUCAUUAAACUUCAUUAUUUUUUAAAUGCCCCACCCAUUCUGGCAUCUAAUUUGCUUUUAAUUACGGUCAGCCCAGCAUAUAUCUUAAUUGCAGCCAAAACUGAACCCAUUAAGUAUUCACGCCAUUCAUUAAAAUUAUAUAACAACUUACACAAGCCACACAGACACUCUUGCCACCUCUAAUAAAUCAUGUUCAAUCGAAACAAUUAGCGAGACAAAUUAUGACAAACAAUUAGCAUUAACGAUUUUGCACUGUUGCACAUUUAUGUGAUAAAUAAUUAUACCAAAUCAAAAGCGAAAAACCCAAAUGAUAUGUAUUUAAAUGCACCACAAUUGCACUUACCCAACAAAUUGAUUAUGAGAGCAAAAACACCUGAAUUCGUAUUAGAGCCUGAUUAAUUAGUGAUUCUAUUUUACGUGCAUCGUUGUUUGUAGUAGUUGCACGAAUCAGCACAAGAAGAUUACUCCGUACAGUGGGGAAACCAGGCCGAAUCCAAUCCCAGCCAAAAUCCGACCUGGUCGGAUGGAGGGGUCCCGAGUUGGUUGGGCUGGCAGAUCAGUCUUCCACGGCACCAAGACCCCGAAUUUCAGACACCAGUAGACCCUCGUUUAGCUUCGGACGCACAGGGAGCAGUCCCAAGCCCGUCAUCAUCAGGAAUGGCCCAGUUUUAAUGGAAUCAAAUGAGUAUUUUCGAGCUAUAAACAUAAGUAGUCACAAGUACCUUAAUGCAAUUCGAAAUGUAUGCGAGGGCCGCGGGGAGCUGGGACUUCCGGCGUACCGAUGUUCCGCUCUUCCGGUGGCCACGCCCCAGGACAUGCCGCCACUAGGACAUGCAUUCCCUAAAAACACGCACUCAAUCAAGGCUUAAAAGCAAUCCGUCCUCAACUGACACUUUUGAGCGGAACCUCCACCAAACAUACAACACUCAAGCAGGCCCAGGAGUUCGACUCUAAUGUUUUUAUAGGUCUAAACUAUUGGCACACCCGCCCGACCACGCCCCCACACACGCCCACUCACGCACACCGACAAGCAAAUGCACUUAAAUUGUAAAUGUUGUGAUUAUAUGCACCGCCUCAAAGUAUGCACCAAAUUUUUGACAAAUGUAUUUUUGCACUAUUUUUAAAUGCACAUUGAAAGCGCCCAGUUUAAAGUUUAAACUAAAAUUAAACGUAUUUUAACUAAAUUAGUUCUUAAAUGUUAAACAAAAUAUAUAUACAUACAUACCUAAUCGCCUGGAGAGGGUUUUUCCUUUAACGUUCUUAUGUUAACUUAAACCAAAAGUCAAGAAAAGUCUGCGAAACAUUUUAUUCAAUCGAUAUGCAAUGUAAAUACAGAACAAGGAGGAUGGCUAAAAUGAAGUCUAAGUAAUUUAGAGAUUGUCACUAUGUAAAUAGACCAAACCGAAGGAAACCCGGACGAACAUAACAGAACAGAACGGAAGAAAAACCGAAACAAGGAGGCCAGAGUCGAGGCGACAAAGAACGAGAUGUUUUUAACUUUAAUUAGAAAGUGUUUUAUGUAUUAUGUACGUACAAGUAUAUGGUAGCCCACGCAGGAAGUCCUACUAAUAAUUUCUAAGCCAUUUAACUUGUAAAUUAUUAUGGUUAUAAAUGUGUAAUGUAUAUGAGGGCGAGCGGCAUGCGGGCGGUGCCCCAUGCGGCAUGAGAACAGCGACUCCGGCAAGAACUACCAGAUCUAUAGAUGUGUACAUGUGUGUGGUUACAAAUUCAACCCACUUCAGUUUGCCUACGAGUCAGAAUACGUGUACCAGGUGCACUGCAGUCAUAUAUGUUUCCAACUAGUGAACCCAAAAACAAACUGGAUUCGAGUUCAAGCGCAAAAACCGUAAAACCAAUAGAAACCCCCAAAAAAAAGUGAAACGAUACCAUUAUUAAUAUUGAAAUUUAAUUAUAUGCGUUUGCGGCAUAAGGAAAAAUGUAUUACCAACAAAAAUCUCUAUAUAUAUUAUACACAAACCAACUAAUUUAUGAGAUUAUAUAUAUACAUAUGACAGCAACAGAAGUAUAUGUAAAAUUAAAUAAAAACGAAGCCUCAGUCAGUAUAAACA